CACCUAGGGUUUGGUAUAUUUUGUCAGCUGUUUUGUAAAUUUUUACAUUGUUUUGGUUCUUGUUUUUUUCGCGAGUUAAAAAAAAGGACUAUUUAACUGUAAAUAAUCAAAAUGGACCACGCGGUGGCUGUUUCUGGUGAGGAUUCGGCCCCGGAGCAGGCCAAGUCUAGUGCUCCAUUGAAACCCUCUGCCAAUACGGCCAUUAAGUGCCUCAAGUGCGACAAGGUGUACAUAUUUCCCGCCGACAAAGAUGACUGCCUGGCACACUUCUAUCUGGAGCACCGUCUGGUCAUAGCCGAUGUGGAGGAAAUAGCGUUGCUGGAGGACUAUUUGCAGUACUGGGAGAAGGAGUUUCAGGCCCACGAAUUCGAGCAGUACUGCACCACAAUGUUUCUGGACCAGCUGCCCGAUGGAAAAUACUCGAAAAACGAAAAGUACUAUCUGCUGUGUGAUAUCCUGCCCCAGGACUACGAGCUGCGCCGAAGACUGAAGGAGCAGCGCCUGAGCAAAGCCCUGGAAAGGCACCAGUUCGAGCUCACCGACCGGAACUUCUCGAAGGAGUGCCUCUUCUGCAGAACCGUGAUCAAGGGACUGAGAGCGGAUUACUUGGACCACCUGUUCGAUAAGCACUUCCUGCUGGUGGGCAAGCCGGAGAAGCUAGUGUAUGUGGACGAGCUACUGGAUCACCUGGAGGAGAACUUGAAUCAGCUGGUGUGCCUGUACUGCGAGAAGAUCUUCAAGGAUCGACCGACGCUCAAGGAGCACAUGCGUAAGAAGGGACACAAGCGAAUAAAUCCAAAUCGCAGGGAGUACGAUAAAUACUUCCUUAUCAACUACAAUCGCGGACCGGCGGCACCAACUCCACGAAAACAGCACCAUCAAAAGCGAAGACAGGCCUCUGCAUCCACAUCCGUCGAUCUGGAAACAGGCAGCGUAGACUUCGACAAGCACUUAGCCCGCCCCGAUUCAGAUGGUGAGCACGACUCGGACUGGUCUGAUUGGGCUGGGGAUGGCGAGCCGAGUGCCAUUAAGUGCCUCUUCUGCUCUCAUCUGGGUGAGAGCUUUGUCGACCUAAAGAAGCACAUGACCGAGACCCACAACUUGGAUUUUGAUCGCGCCACCAGCUCUCUGAACUUCUAUCAGAGGGUAAAGGUUGUGAAUUACCUUCGACGGCAAAUCUGCAUGCUGCGCUGCGUCACCUGCGACCUCCACUUCGAUGAGCCGGAGCUGCUGGCGGAGCACAUGGCCCAGGAGUUGCACUGUGGCAUUGGUAGCAAGGCUAGCUGGGACAAGCCGGAGUUCUUCUUUCCCUACAUGGAAAACGAUGGCCUGUUAUGUGUGCUCGACGAUUCCGCCGGCGAUGAACCGGACGCUGAUGUGGUGCGCAUUAUAUCCGAGGACAGUCUGGCGCAGAUCAACAAGGAUGCGGAGUCCCUAUCUCUUGAGAAUUUUAAGCUGUAAUGUGCUAAAUCGUUUUAAGUAAAAAGAUAGAAAUUCA